GAUAAAAAUAAAGCAAGCGAUAAGCAAACAGUGACAGAUAGAGGCCGUUCGGUACGGUGAACCGCUCGAGGCCGAUCCACUAUCGCCCAGAGUCGAGUGUCCGAAGAGGAUAAGUGCCGGUGACAUAAGGGAGGCACAAGGAAGCAGAAGCGUUACGGAGCGAAGGGUGUCCCCAGUAGAGGGGUGUGUGCAACAAGUGAAGUUGGCAGUUGGCGUGACCCGCCCCGGGGGGGAAUGUGGUCCGAGGCGAUGAGCAGCUUGGCCAAGAUGUACCCCAAGCUCAGUCCAGUGGAGUUGUCGGCGAUCCUGAUGAAAGGUGCAGCCAUGUCUAGCUCGUUGGAACGCGAUUCCGGUUUCAACUCCGGCAGCUCCGAGCACGAAGACGACCUGAAGUCGUUGGACCAGAGCUCCCGGGAUGGGCUGAUCAGCCCGGAGAACAGCUGUGAGGACUCGAUCGAGGUGAAGCUUCCCGCAACGUUGACGGCCACUACAACCGCCAUCACCACCACACCUUCCGUUCCGGGUUCACUCAUUAAGAACAAGCGCAAGAGCUCGGAACCGUUGCGUGUGGUAGCGGAAACGGAACUGCUGGCCCCGCUGAAGAAGCGCAUCCGAUACCAGGACUCGUCGACGGUGAAGCAUGAAGAGGACGAAGAGGAAGACCUGCGAUCGGUAUCCCGAGCGGCCGCUGCCAGCCCGUUCAGGCCGUGGGCUCCCGAAGGCCAGGCCGGACUUCCGCUGCCACCACACCAAACCACCUCCGCUCCAUUCCCCAGUCCAGCCGAUCUCCACGUGCGUCAUCCGGCUGUCACGACACUCCAUCGGGCUCCGUUCACGAACCCGAUCGAGCAGCUGCAACCGUUGGCGUUGGUGGCGAAAAAGAGCAACCCGCCGCAGACCGAGGCUCAUCAUCAGGGGUCCUCUUCCCGGUCGGCGACCCUAGCAUCCUCCCCAUCGCGUCAUACCGCGGAGUCCAACGCGGAAGGCGAUCGGGAGUCCGAUUUGGCGCACAAGCUCCAUCUCCUGCAGGAGCAUCACCGGCACUCGCGGUUGCACCACGAUGUCCAACACCACCAUCCGCACCAGCAGCACCACCACCACCUGGGGUCGACGCUUUUCGUGGCCCCACGUGCCAGCUCGCUCGAUGGCGACGACGGCGGUUCGCUGAUUGUGGACAACGAGGACGACGCCAAGGGUUCCUCGUCGUCGACGGGCGCUACGUUGGCAACCCAGUCACGAAACUACAAAAACAUGACCCGCGAACGGCGCAUCGAAGCGAACGCCCGGGAACGGACCCGCGUCCACACGAUCUCGGCCGCGUACGAGAAGCUCCGGCGAGCGAUCCCGGCGUACUCGAACGCGCAGAAGCUCUCGAAGCUGUCGAUCCUGCGCAUCGCUUGCUCCUACAUCCUCACGCUCAGCCGGAUGGCCGGCGAGGACUACAGCGAGGACGCGUCGGAACCGUCGAUCGCCGACUGCGUGGCGAUGGUGACGCGCACCAUCCAAACCGAGGGCAAGAUUCGCAAGAAGAAGGACGACUGA